AACGAAUGUCCGAGAAAUGUUAUAUCGUCUCGUGGGUAUGUCAAAGGUGGAGGGUGUUGCAUGGUUGAAACUCCGUUAAACCCUUCUAGAUUCUCCCCACGCCUCUCUUUCCUCCAAUGGCCUCUACAUUCUCCUUGUCCUAUAUUCGCCGCCGCCUCCUCCUCCGCCAUCACUUCAACACCGCUAGCGCCACCCUAAUUGUACCCAAGCUUCACCCUUUUACCCAGCCCCACUUAAAUUCUUACCGAUCUCCCAUCUUUAACCACCCCCAACACCCCUUUCUCCGUUUCCUUUCGACCCGGUCCAUCCGACCGACCCGACCUAACAAGCCCGACAUUGGGGCUCGAGCCCGGCAGCUCCAGACCCGCCGCCUUUGGACCUACGCCCUAACCUUCAGCUGCAUCGCCGGAUUCAUAAUCAUAGUCCUUAACCAAUUCCAAGAUCAAUUAGUGUUCUAUAUCACCCCCACGGAUGCCCUAGAGAAGUACUACUCCAAUCCUACAAAAUCCAAGUUCCGCCUCGGUGGCCUCGUCCUUGAGAACAGCGUUGCCCAAAUUCCUUCUUCCCCGGAAAUUCAGUUCGUGAUCACCGACUUGAUCACGGAUAUUUUGGUCAAGUACGAGGGCAGUUUGCCCGAUCUCUUCCGCGAGGGGCAUUCCGUGGUCGUUGAGGGGUUCAUUAAGCCGGUGGAUGAGGAAAUUCGGAAGAAUGAGGAGGUCAUGUUGAGGAAUAGUAGUAAAUUGGGGAUUUCUGAGAAGGCGAGGAAUUUGGACUGCUAUUUUGCUGCAACGGAGGUCUUGGCGAAGCAUGAUGAGAAGUAUAUGCCUGCUGAGGUUGCCACUGCAAUCGAGAAAAACAAGAAGUUGAUUGAAGAGAAGGAGAAGAAGGGGGAGGAAGCAUUGAUCAACGCUACUUCCAGCGAUAGUGCCAGGCCGGUGAAGGUGUGAUUUUGUAUGUUUCCAAAUCCUUUUUCUUGGGUUUGAAUCAGAUCAGUAAUCAGUAUGAUUCUUAUACUCAUGAAGAAUUUGAUUUUUAUAACAAUUGUUAUAACUUAUCAGUGCAAAUGAGGGGUGGAUGAUGAGAGGGAGACUGGUUUAGGCGAUUUUGUUGUUGUUGUUGUGAGAUAUUGAAUGACGGGUUCUAAUUGAAAAAUUGUUGUAACAGUGCCCCGGGAAUGAAUGGGGUUUCUUGGAUUACUGGUUUUAAGAGAAGUAAUAAUAAAUUGCAGUUAUGUUUGUUGUCCCUUAUAGAA